UUUCUCCUUUUAUCAUAUAUAUUAUAUAUAUACAUGUUCCAAAAGAAAUUCGCAACUUGUUUUUGGCGGUUAUUUUUCUUUUUUACCACUCAAAAAGAAAUUCACAACUUGCCUUUAACAGUUAUUUUUCUCUUUUUACCAAUCAAAAAGAAAUUCUCUCGGCAGUUUUUCCUUUUUACCGCUACGAAAGAAAUACAAUUAUGUCUACUCUUCGUCAACGCAAUGCACUUAGAAAGCUCGUUAAUCCCGGCCAAUCUGAUGAAGAAUCUAAUCAAUCGGGCCAAUCUGGCCAAUCUAGUCAAUCUAACAAAAAUAAAAGAAAAAAAAUAAGUGCCAGAAAGAAUGAAGUAUUAGUUUAUCUUCACCGCAAGUUCUUUCAUCCAAAACCAGUAUACGUAAAAGUAGACAAAAAAAAAGCAGCUGAAAGGAAAGAAGCUUUACUGAAAAUUUUAGAAGAAUUUCAAGAGCCCGAGGAUAAUAAAUCAGAGAGAAAAAGCAAGGAGAAUAAAGUAUAUUUACGGUCCUUUGAUACCUUUCCCUAUCCGGUUCCCCACAAAGGAAAAGGCAAAGAUAAUAAAUUAAAAUUACGAUCUUCUGGUACCAUUCCAUAUCCGGUUUCCUCCGAAGGAAAAGACAAUGAUUAUAAGAUAGAUUUAUGGUCUUCUUCUAGUACUUCUAGUACCUUCCCUCGUCCGGUUUCCUUUAAAGGAAAAGGCGAAGAUAUAAAUUAGAAUUACUGUAGUUUAAAAUUUUUUCUGACAAAUUUUACUAUAUAAUUCGCAGGGCGCGGUUUUAUACUAUCACGUGAAAUUUAUUUAUACAGUUUACAGUAGGAUUGGUACGAUAUAUAUUCAAAGACAAUUAUACAUUUUUGAUUGAUUUUUUUAUUAUUUGUAU